GAACUCAGAUUCCAACGAUUCAUAUUACAGGUUUUUUCCAAUGUCAAGUGAAUGCAUCAAAUGCUGUAUGAUAAUCAAGGUUCAGGGUAAUAAAAAAAUAUUAGAAUCUUGGACUGAUAAUCAAUAGUUAACAAUUUCAAUGAAUCUCCAACAUUUUGGCACUGUCGUCACAUUUGUGUUUUCCUUCUGUUCUAAUAAUCCUAAGUGCUGGUGUGGGUGCUAAAAAACUUUGAGAAGUUUGUAAAUGGUACAUUGAGUCAACAAAGUUUAUGCGAACUAUUCGACGUUCCACCAAAGAAAAUAUAAUAGCCAUGUUAUUCAGUAACUGUGAAUUCAAUUAAGUUAUUGAAUGAAAUGGCAUCAUAAAAUUCAGUUUCUUGUCACUGAUCGCCGAUAAUAAUUAAAACCAAUUCAGCCCUUGCAGGAUUGUAUUUAAAGCAAGUUCUAGGACUGGAGUGGAAUCAUUCCAAGAAGUGCUUGCCUGUGAAAUCUCUGCUACGGUACGCUGAUAACAGUACGAAUGAAGAACACGACAAGUAUAGGCAUCAUGCUGUUUUAUGCGGUGGGUCUGGCUGCUGGAUGUUUAAUCACAAACUGCCCAAGAGGAGGGAAGCGGGGUCUACAUUCUUACAUGAAGAAACUCGCUGAAGAGAAAAUGGCAUUGGCUCAAGUACCACUCCAGUGUGCCCGAUGCGGCCCAGAAGGAGAAGGCUACUGCAUGGGUCCAUCCAUCUGCUGCGGUCCUCAGCUCGGCUGUCUGCUCGCUUCGCCCGCCACAUUCAACCAGUGCGCUGGAUCAGUGCUGCCACCACAAUCGCCAAACUCACCGGCGCCGACUUGUUACAUGCCUGACGGUUACGGCGUUUGCUCAACAGAUGGCGUAUGUUGUAAUUCUGAAUCAUGUCGAAUUGAUCCGACUUGUGAAGUGGACCCUGAUCACAAUGUAUGCAAUGUAUGGACGGAGCCGAAGAAUAUGGCACUGUAGAAACCAUCAAUCGGAUAAGAACCAACGGAACCGUGAAUAAACGCAGCAAUUUCUAAAAUAUG